AUGUACCAGAGCCUGGCCAUGGCCGCCAACCACGGCCCCCCUCCCGGGCCCUACGAGGCGGGCGGCCCGGGCGCCUUCAUGCACGGGGCGGGCGCCGCGUCCUCGCCGGUAUACGUGCCCACGCCGCGGGUGCCCUCCUCGGUGCUCGGCCUGUCCUACCUCCAGGGCGGAGGCGGGGGCGCGGCCUCCGGGGCCGCCUCGGGCGGCAGCUCGGGAGCCGCGCCGUCGGGCGCGGGGCCCGGGACGCAGCAGGGCAGCCCAGGCUGGAGCCAGGCGGGAGCCGAGGGCGCCGCCUACACCCCGCCGCCCGUGUCGCCGCGCUUCUCCUUCCCGGGCACCACCGGGUCCCUGGCUGCCGCUGCCGCCGCCGCCGCGGCCCGGGAAGCCGCGGCCUACAGCAGUGGCGGCGGGGCUGCCGGCGCGGGCCUGGCGGGCCGCGAGCAGUACGGGCGAGCCGGCUUCGCGGGCUCCUACUCCAGCCCCUACCCCGCCUACAUGGCCGACGUGGGCGCGUCCUGGGCCGCGGCCGCCGCCGCCUCCGCCGGACCCUUCGACAGCCCGGUCCUGCACAGCCUGCCCGGCCGAGCCAACCCCGCCGCGCGACACCCCAAUCUCGUAGAUAUGUUUGAUGACUUCUCGGAAGGCAGAGAGUGUGUCAACUGUGGGGCCAUGUCCACCCCUCUGUGGCGGCGGGACGGGACAGGCCACUACCUGUGCAACGCCUGCGGCCUCUACCACAAGAUGAACGGCAUCAACCGGCCCCUCAUCAAGCCCCAGCGCCGCCUGUCUGCCUCCCGCCGAGUGGGCCUCUCCUGCGCCAACUGCCAGACCACCACCACCACGCUGUGGCGCCGCAACGCCGAGGGCGAGCCCGUGUGUAAUGCCUGCGGCCUCUACAUGAAGCUCCACGGCGUCCCCAGGCCCCUUGCGAUGCGGAAAGAGGGGAUUCAAACCAGAAAACGGAAGCCCAAGAACCUUAACAAAUCAAAGACACCAGCAGGUCCCUCAGGCAGUGAGAGCCUCCCUCCCACCACCAGUGCUUCCAGCAGCUCCAGCAGUGUGGCCACCAGCAGCAGUGAGGAGAUGCGCCCCAUCAAAACCGAGCCCGGGCUGCCAUCCCACUAUGGGCCCAGCAGCUCCCUGUCGCAGACAUUCUCGGUCAGCGCAAUGUCUGGCCACGGGUCCUCCAUCCACCCAGUCCUCUCUGCUCUGAAGCUCUCUCCGCAAGGCUACGCGGCUUCUGUCAGCCAGUCACCACAGGCCAGCUCCAAGCAGGACCCUUGGAACAGCCUGGCCUUAGCUGACAAUCAUGGGGACAUAAUCACUGCAUAA